UUUGUCAGGUUCAUGUCAGGUUAUAAAAAUUUGGUUAUGGAGCCCGUAUGAAUUUAUUGUGUUUUUAUUUCCUGACUAUAUUAAAAGGAUAGGAGUUAUCGAGAAAGUACUUAUUCGUUCAGAAACAGAUAAACAAAAAGCUCAACCAUGCAUGCAUGUCGGCAAGUAUUAUAUAGUCCUGCACGUUGGAAAAGCGCAGUACCAGUUCAUCUUAAGCCAGUUGUACUUAGUGUUAAAUCAGACCAGUAUACGGUUCAAGAAUGCCGCCACUACUCAGCACGGAAAGGAUUUUUCUCGUCAAUCAUAGAAAACAUAAAAGAAGACAUAGCGAAAAACAAGGAAAUGAAGGAGAAUAUUAAAAAAUUCAGGGAAGAGGCUCAGAAGUUGGAAAAUUCAGAAGCUUUGCAAGCGGCGAGAAAGAAGUUUCAUGCUGUGGAGUCAGAGGCUUCUAAAAGUUCUGAAGUGUUGAAAGAGACCUUGGAAGGAAUUAAAGGAAAGGUUGAACAUGUAUUGGAAGAGGCUGGCAAAACGGACAUCGCCAAAAAAGCUGGAAAGCUAACAGAAGACAUUUCGAAGACAGCGAAAGAUGCUGCGGAGAGCUUUGCCGACAAAAGUCAAAAGCUUGGACAGACUUCUGCUUUUAAGACUAUUUCACAGGCUACAGAGGUGGUCAAGAAUGAGAUGUCCCCGCGAGGUCUGGAAGGGCGCGUGUACACAUCGCCCUUGUCGCUCAGGAAACGUGUUGAGGUUGCGGAAGAAGAGCGGACAUUUGCCCCGGACACGGAAACGCUCGGCGUGGAGCUGCACAAGGAUUCCAAGUUCUACCAGCAGUGGGAGGACUUCAAGAACAACAACCAGUAUGUUAAUAAGGUAUUAGACUGGAAAAUUCGUUACGAAGAAUCCGAUAACCCCAUGGUACGCGGCGCACGUUUCGUCACCGAGAAGGUUGGCAACCUCUUCGGAAACCUCUUCGAAAAGACCGAAUUAUCGAAAACAUUAACGGAAAUAUGCAAAAUCGAUCCCAACUUCACCGCACAGAAGUUCCUCGAAGACUGCGCGAACGAUAUCAUACCGAACAUUCUGGAAGCCAUGGUCCGAGGUGACUUGGAGAUUCUAAAGGACUGGUGUUACGAAGGAGUCUAUAAUAUCCUGGCCACACCCAUAAAUCAGUGCAAGCAACUCGGAUACAGACUCGACUCGAAAAUUCUAGACAUUGAAAACAUCGAGCUGGUCAUGGGCAAGAUGAUGGACCAAGGGCCCGUUCUAGUUCUGACAUUCCAGUCGCAGCAGAUCAUGUGCGUGAGAGACGGGAAGAAUAACGUGAUAGAAGGAAGUCCAGAUAAAGUGAUGAGGGUGAAUUACGUGUGGGUGCUGUGCAGAGACCCGCAGGAACUCAACCCCAAAGCAGCCUGGAGACUGCUAGAACUAUCCGCCAAUAGUGUAGAACAAUUGAUAUAGUACCGUUGAUAGACUAGUAGAACUGUGUUGCUAUCGAUACAAACUUAUUUCCUCUGUGUUGCUGGUUUACCGAGAAAUAAUUUAUUGUUCAAGAAAUUUUAGAUCGGCACACGAAUACUGUAAACGGCAGUUGCUGUAAGAUUAAGAAGGUUCGAAUAAGUGUACAAAUGCCAUAAUGUGCUCACUAUGCUGUAAAAAUCUUAAUAAAUUGACCGAUGAACGUACGAAAGAUUUCUUCACGUACGUGAAUAUGUAUAUUUUCAUAUAAAAACUCCAUAUAAAGCCCAACCUACCGAUGCAAUGUUUAGUAAAACAAUUUAUGUUUAUAUUUAUAAACUAUUCGUUUUAUAUGUAUUUUCUGUUAAUAAAUUGUUUUGGUUA